AGAUAAGCCCCGCCCACCCGGAGACGUUGCAAUGUUUACAAACUUUUAAGGGGUCUAUUGAAUUCUAAAUAGGAAAUGAAAUGAUCGAAAUGUACAGGGACCCUCCUGUAAUCGAGGUCAACGUCAUUGUCAACGUCACUAACGCGUCGCGAACGCUGUAACGUUACUGUGGCUGCUUUCGGUAUCAGGUGUGGACACUGGAGAGAGAUCUGGGUGCCAAAGUCAGGGAGGCCGGCUCUGUUCCCUUCUAGUGGUGUGUUGUUCACGUGUGCUGUGUCCAUCUGAAGAAUUAUUUCUCUGCUAUAGGCAGAUAAAAUCUGACAGCCUGACCCUGCUGGAAGCCCCAGUUAGCUGGUUUUCGUAGAGCAAAUCUCUUAUGACAGUGCUGGAGGUGAAGGAUAAGAUGUCCGUUCCUCUGUUCGCUCUGUUGGCAGUGUGUGUGGACGUGAGUGCUGUGAUGGUCAUUGGUUUCAUCCAGCUCUCCUCUUCCUUCAUCAACAACACCUUCAUCCUGCUGUGGGCCGGUGGUCUGCUCCGAACAUGUCUCCCCAUCUUGGUCUCCUUCAGCUGUCCUGGCAGCCCAGCGUGGAUGAGAGGAUCCGAGGGGAUGCAGACAGCUGCAGUUCAUGGUCUUGUUUAUCCAGUGUAUAUCUCCUCCCUCUGGGCUUGUGACAGGCCUAUAGUGGAACUGGUGUGGGGUUGGCACACCUGUCAAGGGCUCCUGCAGGGUUAUGUGGUGUUGGCUUCUCUGUUGCUGUGGAAACGGCAUGCUUCCACUCUCCUCCUCAUGGUCCAAAAGGAGAAAACCGAGCGGAAGGAUUUGCUGCAAAGGCUGCUGGGAUGCAUGAAGCCUUUCAGUGGAUGCUUUUUAGCCGUCUUUUUCCUUAUUUUUAUUUCUUCAUUAGGUGAAAUGGCGAUUCCUCAUUACACUGGUAAAAUGACUGACUGGAUCAUGAAUGAAGAUGAACCCGAGGCUUUUAACCAUGCUAUCACUGUCAUGACACUGAUUACCGUUAUGAGCGCUGUGUGUGAGUUUGUGUGUGACCUCAUGUACAACAGCACCAUGAGCCGAAUACACACGUCCAUCCAAGGACUCGUCUUCCAGUCUGUGCUGAAGCAGGAAAUUGGGUUCUUCGAUAAAUCUUCCACAGGGUGUAUUGAAUCUCACAUCACCACCGCCACCAACGAGAUGAGUAUGUCUCUGAGUGAGAACUUGAGUCUGCUCAUGUGGUACUUCAUGCGUUUCGUCUUCCUGUUGGGCUCCAUGGUGUGGCUCUCCUGCACGCUGACCUUCUUCACCGUACUCAUCCUCCCCAUCAUCUGGAUCAUCCCAGAAUAUUUUGGCCAGUGUAACCAGAAACUUUCUAAGCAAGUGCAAGAUUCUCUUGCCAAGGCCAAUGAUGUUGCCAAGGAAACCUUCUCUUCCAUGAAGACAGUAAGGAGCUUUGCAAAUGAGGACGGAGAGACCGAGAGGUACAGGAUGUGCUUAGAGGAAACGUAUGCCCUGAACAAAAAGGAAGCCGCUGCUUACGCUGCCUCAACUUGGACCAAUAGUAUGUCGAGUCUGGCUUUGAAAGUCUGUAUAUUGUACUAUGGAGGCCGGCUUGUGACAGGAAGUGAUGUCAGUAGUGGCGAUCUAGUGUCCUUUGUGCUAUAUGAGCUUCAGUUCUCAUCAGCUAUGGAGUCACUUAUGUCCACAUGGCCAAAACUAAUGAAGGCAGUCGGUGCUUCAGAGAAAAACUUUGAGUACAUUGACCGAAAGCCUGAUAUUCCUCCGGAUGGAUCCCUCGCUCCUGAAACUCUGAAAGGACACGUGCAGUUCAAAAAUAUCGCCUUUGCUUAUCCAAAGCAACCGGACACAGAGGUGCUGAAGAACGUUUCUCUUGAGCUGAAGCCAGGUCAGAUCACGGCUCUGGUGGGUCCAUCAGGUUCUGGAAAAAGCACUAUUGUGAGUUUGCUGGAGAGAUUUUACCAGCCUCGAAGUGGGAAUAUUUUCCUGGACCAGAGGAGACUGGUGGAUUACAAGGACCAAUAUCUACAUGAGAAGAUUAGUGUGGUGCCACAGGAGCCACUUCUGUUUGCUCGGUCAGUGCAGGAAAACAUCAAAUAUGGCAAAGAAGAUGCCUCGGAUGAAGAAAUGUACACUGCUGCCAAGCUGGCCAAUGCAGAUGACUUUAUUUUGAAUUUGCCUAGAGGAUAUGACACGGAUGCUGGAGAGAAGGGUGGUCAGGUCUCCGGAGGUCAGAAGCAGCGUAUCGCCAUCGCCAGAGCUCUGAUUCGGAAACCACAGAUUUUGGUGAUUGAUGAUGCUACCAGCUCACUGGACACCGAGAGUGAACACAGGGUGUACAGCGCUCUGCGGAAGGAGCUGAAGAACUGUACGGUUCUGCUCAUCACACACAGACUGAGCGGUGUGGAAAACGCAGAUCACAUCAUCUUCCUCCGAGAAGGGGAAGUGGCUGAGGAGGGGAACCAUGAACAACUGCUAGCUAAACAUGGAUUCUAUGCAGAGUUUGUGAAACAACAGAAAACUUCAAUCCAUCGCAACACAAGAGAUGUAACAAACUCCAUCCAAUGAUCUAGACCAGCUGCUCUACAUUUAAUCUGAGUUUAGCAGAAAUCAGAUGACAAAUCCUUGCUUUUUUUUUCUCUAUUAGCACAUAUUUCUCAGCUUUUCAUUUGUUAACGCUACUAAUGUUUUAAAAUUAGGUCUAAAUAUCACAAAAAUGCAAGCACAAAGAUAUGGAUUAAUCUUAAUAAGAUAUUGCAUAAAAACAGAAUAGAUUCUGGACAUGUGACUUUUUUUCCCUAAGCUCACAUCUACAAGAGUAUCUUUUAGACAUGUAUUAUAUUUCAAAUAUAUUGUGUAAUUCAUAGCAUUAAAUUGCACAUGUAUUUUUAGUUGCACUAAACACAUUUUUAAAAUAUGAUUUAAAAUUAAAAGUAGGAUUAUUUUCUUUACACCAUUUUUAUUUAUUUUAUUAUCCUUUUUUAUUUUUAUUUAUCCUUUUCCUUUUUAUUUCUAGAUAAAAUAUGUCUUGUUCUUAACAUGUUACCUGAAAAUCAGUUGUAAUACACUUUCCCAUCAAAGUACCUUAACCAAUGUAUUUAUUUAUUUAUUUUUUUGUUAUGGUAUUUAUGUUUUUAUGAUUGAUAUGUUCAGGUUGUAAAUAAAAGUAGUGCUUCGUAA